ACACUCACUCAGUGUCGUUUACAUGUUGUCAACAAUCUAGGCCAACCCCCGUCAGUUUUGUUGCUUAACAAACAACCCGUCUGUUGGAGAAGCAGUUUCUGCCUAUACUCAUAUUGUACUCUUUGAUAAAACCAUCAACAACCUUCUCUGUUGACCGUCAGAGAUCACGUGAUAGACACAAAAGCGUCACAUACAUUAGCCAAAUUAAUCAAAGGCCAACAGCACCAAGCUAACUGUCCCAUCCGAAAUCGUGGGGGUAAGUGUGGACUGUUUAAUCACCAACUCAUAGAACAGACCGCUAUGGCAGAACCAGAUGUACAAUUUAAGCUAGUGUUGUGUGGAGAUGGAGGCACAGGAAAAACCACCUUCGUGAAGAGGCAUUUAACGGGAGAGUUUGAGAAGAAAUACGUUGCGACUCUGGGAGUAGAGGUGCACCCCUUGGUCUUCCACACCACUCGAGGGACCAUCAAGUACAACGUCUGGGACACAGCCGGCCAGGAGAAGUUUGGGGGGCUCAGAGAUGGCUACUACAUACAGGCCCAGUGUGCGAUCAUCAUGUUCGACGUGACAUCUCGCGUCACCUACAAGAACGUGCCCAACUGGCACCGUGACCUUGUGCGUGUCUGCGAGAACAUACCCAUAGUCCUGUGCGGCAACAAGGUGGACAUCAAGGACAGGAAGGUCAAAGCCAAGAGCAUCGUGUUCCACCGCAAGAAGAACCUUCAGUACUACGACAUUUCAGCCAAGAGUAACUACAACUUUGAGAAGCCCUUCCUGUGGCUGGCCAGGAAGCUGGUAGGAGACCCCAACUUGGAGUUUGUGGAGAUGCCUGCCCUCGCCCCCCCGGAGGUUGUCAUGGACGCCUCCCUGGCCGCGCAGUACGAGAACGACCUUAAAGUGGCCGCAGAAACAGCGCUCCCAGAUGAAGACGAUGACCUUUAACCUGUGACCUCUCUCUGGCCUCUUCAGUGUUCUGGGGGUGUGGCCUAUUGCUGACCUUGACCUUUAAUUGUACAAGCCCCCCCCAAUGUUUUUUUUUUUGUGUGUUUCAAACUGAAAAUGUGUCUCUGGUAGCGUGAAGAUUUUAGUAGAGACAAACAGGAGUAGAAUUUCACACUGGUCACAGUAGGCGUUACACACACACACACACACACACAUACAAAAGAAAGACUUUGUUCACUCGCUGUACGAUACUGACUAAGGGUGAUAUGAAAUCACACUAAAUAAAAAGUAUUUGACUAUAAACUAUUUGCUGUAUCAAUUCAUGUGAACAAAAGGGCGCGUGACUGGAAUUUAGCAAAAAGCACGUUUCACUUCCUUGUGGGACUACCUGACUGAUUGUUUGACAGCAUUUUAUUCUUCAGAGGUGCCUGUGGUGUGGUUGACCAGGAUUGACAAUGUACUGGUUCCACAACAAAGUUGUAUAGUAAAUACCUUAAUACAUAUUUGUGUACAAUAAUCCAUUUGUACUAUUUGUAAUAUACAGUGCCUUCAAAUUAUUCAUACCUUUUGACUUAUUCCACAUUCUGUGUUGCAGCCUGAAUUCAAAAUGGAUUUUAAAUCCUUUUUUUAAUUUCUUACCCAUCUACACACAAUACCCUGUAAUGACAAAGUGAAAACAUGUUUUUACAUAAGUAUUCAAACCCCUGAGUCAAUACACCUUAGAAUCACCUUUGGCAGCGAUUACAUAAAUACAAUAUUUGCACAUUUUAUUAUUUUUUGAAUUCUUCAAGCUCUGUCAAGUUGGCUGUUGAUCAUUGCUAGACAGCCAUGUUCAAGUCUUGACAUCGAUUUAUUUAGUGGAUUUAAGUCAACAAUAAAGCUAGGCCACUCAUGAACAUUCAAUGCCGUCUUGGUAAGAAACCUGUGUGUAUGUUUGGGCUUGUGUUUUAGGUUAUUGUCCGGCUGAAAGGUGAAUUUGUCUCCCAAUGUCUGGUGGAAAGCAGACUGAACCCGGUUUUCCUCUGGGAUUUUGACUGUGCUUAGGUCUAUUCCGUUUCUUUUUAUCCUCCAAAACACUCCCUAUUCCUUGCUGAUAACAAUGCUUGAAAAUAUGAAGGGUGGUACUAAGUGAUGUUGUGUUGGAUUUGACCCAAACGUAACACUUUCUAUUUAGGACAUGAAGUUCAUUUCUUUGCCACAUUUUUUUCCAUUUUUACUUCAGGGCCUUUUGCAUGUUUUGGAAUAUUUUAUUCUGUGCAGGCUUCCUUCUUUCCACUCUGUCAUUUUAGGUUAGUAUUGUGGAAUAACUACAAUGUUAUUGAAACAUCCAUUAAACUGUUUUAAAGUCA